CUCCGCUGCGCCCGGGAUAGUCGGGAACCGCGCCCGCAGCCGCCGGCCGCGCGGCCGGACGAGAGGACGAUGGAGCUGGAGCCCGAGUUGCUGCUGCAGGAGGCCCGCGAGAGCGUGGAGGCGGCGCAGAGCUACCGGCGGGAGCUAGGCCAGAGGCUGCAGGGGCUGCGGGAGGCGCGGAGGCAGAUCAAAGAGAGUGCAUCCCAGACGAGAGAUGUCCUCAAACAGCAUUUUAAUGAUUUGAAAGGAACCCUUGGGAAGCUCCUGGAUGAACGAUUGGUGACCCUUUUACAAGAGGUGGACACCAUUGAACAGGAGACCAUUAAACCUCUAGAUGACUGCCAGAAGCUGAUAGAGCACGGAGUUAACACUGCAGUGGACUUAGUCCAAGAAGGUGAGAUCGCCAUUCUGGGUGGUGUAGGAGAACAGAAUGAAAAACUGUGGAGCUUUACCAAAAAGGCCUCACACAUCCAGUUGGACAGCUUACCAGAGGUGCCUUUACUGGUUGAUGUGCCUUGCUUAUCUGCUCAAUUGGAUGACUCAAUUCUUAACAUAGUGAAAGACCAUAUUUUCAAGCAUGGAACGGUAGCAUCUCGCCCACCAGUACAGAUAGAAGAAUUGAUAGAGAAACCCGGAGGCAUCAUCGUACGAUGGUGUAAGGUGGAUGACGACUUUACCGCCCAAGAUUACAGGCUCCAGUUCCGUAAAUGUACUUCCAGUCAUUUUGAGGACGUGUAUGUAGGCUGUGAAACUGAGUUCAUAGUAUUGCACAUAGACCCCAAUGUUGAUUAUCAGUUCAGAGUCUGCGCCCGAGGAGAUGGCCGACAGGAGUGGAGUCCUUGGAGUGUCCCCCAGAUAGGUCAUUCCACGCUGGUGCCUCAUGAGUGGACAGCUGGCUUUGAGGGGUACAGUCUGAGCAGUCGAAGAAACAUAGCGCUUCGGAAUGAUGCUGAAUCGUCUGGUGUUCUCUACUCCAGCGCUCCCACUUACUUCUGUGGGCAGACAUUAACAUUCAGAGUUGAAACUGUGGGACAGCCAGACAGAAGAGACAGUAUAGGAGUGUGUGCAGAAAAACAGAACGGAUAUGACUCCCUACAGCGGGAUCAAGCAGUUUGCAUUAGUACAAAUGGUGCAGUUUUUGUAAAUGGAAAAGAAAUGACUAAUCAGUUGCCCGCAGUUACUUCUGGGUCCACUGUCACAUUUGACAUUGAAGCUGUGACUCUGGGAUCCAGCAAUAAUAACGAAGGCGGAAACAUCAAGCUUCGAGUAACUAUUAGCUCAAAUAACAGAGAAGUGGUGUUUGAUUGGUUGCUCGAUCAGUCUUGUGGUUCUCUUUACUUUGGAUGCUCGUUUUUCUAUCCUGGGUGGAAAGUGCUGGUAUUCUAGAUUUUCAGAUGAUUGGCUUUGGGUUUGCAGGGGUUUCACAUAGCUUUCCUCAGCCCAGUUCAGUUGUCAUUGGUUUAAAAAUGGUUAGAUUCAUCUCUCAGUUAAGUCAUUGGAAACAAAUUAUUUACUGGAUUUAUUUUCCAAUAUCUUAGCAAUCAGAGGCGUGAAUAUUGUGGACAAAACAGUAAUGCAGUCCAUUUUAUUUUUAGCGUAGUGUUAAUUGGAAUAUCACAUCACAAUAAAAAUCAAAUUGGCUUUUAAAA